AUGGGACCGCCGGAAGCCUCACCGCCGCCGCCCAAGGCGCCGCCGUGGGGGUCGUCGGCGGAUCUCUCGUCUUCUCUCUUCGCGUCCUCCUUUGCGGUUGACCCUGCAGAGACGUCCGCGCUUGCGCCGCCCGCGCGCCGAGGGUCGCGGCGCCGCGCGUCUUCGCACUUUUCGCCGCCGUCGCCCUUCUCUACGUCUUAUUCAGAAAGUGGCGAGGAGGGAGAGGACGCGGAGGCGCGAGCGGCGCAGACCGGUUCGGGCUCGGCUCUCUCUCUUCUCUCCGCCAUCCAGAAGGAAAUCAACCGGCAUCCGCUCAUCGACUGCGGGCACAGCAGCUCAUCUCCGCUGACGCCGCGGUCGCCCGUGACGCCUCAAGCAGACACCUGCGACGCGCCUUCCUCUUCCUCUUCAUCUGCCGCGGCUGCUGUGGCGCCGUCUGCGCUUGUCUUCUCCUUCUCCUCUUCGCCCUGCUCGGUGUCGCUCGCGACGCUGCUGGCGUCUUCCUCCGCCCCUAUGCGCCCGCUGCCGGCGUCUGCGGCGUCUCUGUUUGCCUCAGUGCCCUCCGCGACGCCGCCGAGCCGCGUCUCCACUCGGCCGCCGCCUGCCUCUGGAGGCGCGGCGCUCCACGCGGCGCCAGAGUCGCCGCGUGGAGCCGACCGCGGCGAGCGGAGUGUGCGCUUCGCGUUCGAGGAGGUGAGCCUAGAGGCGGCGCAGGAGCCGAGCGCGCUGAAGGCCUCCGAGGACCGAAGCUUCGCAGUUGUCGCAGGCAGCAGCCUGCACCAAUCUGACUUGAUUGGGAGCGCGGAGCCUGACCCUGACGGCCGCGGCCGAGAGCGGCGCGAGCCCGCAGAGGGGACUGCCGAUAGCGAGAAGACGCUCCUCCGCCUCCAACUCGCGAGGCUGAGAGUCAGCUUGCAAGCCAAGGAAGCAGACCUGGAGCAGGAACGCGCACGCAGCGCAGAUCUGCAGAGAGAGCUGGAGCGGAGCGUGACCCUGCUGUGCGAGCAGAGGGAGUCCGGCGCACCUGGAGCCGCAGGACAAAGCGACGGCGACCGCGAUGGCAGCGACCUUCCUUCUUCGUCUUCUUCCUCGUUUCUGCUGCUGCGGAAGCUGGAGGACAAGCAGAGAGACCAGCUCUUGCGUGCAAAAAUCGCAGAGGCCUCUGAGCUUGCCGAGGUGCUUCAGGCCUACAAAGUCAACACGCGGGCGACGACGGCGGCGCUGCAAGACGAGCUCGAAGUCGCCUACCAGAAGAUGCAGGAGGUUGAGACGAUUGCGGCGGCGCGCGGGCGCCGAGUCGCUCAGUUGGAGGCUGAGCUCGCUGCGCUUCGCGAGACCUUUUCGGCGCUGCAGAAGGAGCUGUCGGGUCGCGCCUCGGCGUCCGCCGCGCGGGAGGCGACGCUGGCGGAGGCGCUGGAGGCCUGCGCCACGCAGAUCGCCUCUCUCGAGCGCGAGCGCGAGACCACUGAGCUCCGCUUGAAGCGCGAAGAAGAGAAAAACAGUCUGCUGGCGAAGGCGCAGGACGCGGUGCGCGAGCUCCAGACGGAGCUCGACGAGGCGCGGCGGUCGCUCGCAAGUGUGGGGUGUCUCUCGGCGCUCUCUGUGCGCGGCGGCGCCUUCGCAGGCAGCACUGAGCGAGGCGCUCUGCGCGCUCCAGGCGAGGAGCUCCGCGAGGCGGAGGACGGCCUGCUGCCGCCUGCGCACGACUUCCUUCUGCAUCUCGAGCGCGAGGAGUGGGCGGGCCUGCGCCGCAGCCUCGAAUCCGAGCUACAGGCGACUGCCGCCGCGCUCGCGGAUGAACGCGAAGAGACAAACAGAGUCCGCGGCGCGCUGGAGGCGAGCGAGCGGCAGCUGCUGGCGUGCGAGGACGCGAAGGCGCGGACGCUCGAGGAUGUUGAGGCUCGCGAGCGCGUCUGGGCGGCCGAGCGCGAAGAGGAGAGACGACACUGGGAGACAUACCGCACACACCUGAGCGAGACAUUUCGCGCAGAGACGCAGCGGCUGAAGGAGUGCCUCGCCGAGACGCGGCUGGCCUUUGAGCGCGAGAGAGAACUGGCGGCGGCGGAGAUGAGGGAGAAGGACGCCGCGCUCGUCGCGAUGCAGACGCGCGCGCAGGAGCUCGAGAGGCUGCAGGCCGAGAGCGCGAGCUGGGCAGCCCGCGAGCAGCAGCGCCUGGAGGCGAGCCUGAGGACGCGCGAGGCGGAGCUCGACACCGCGGAAGCCUGGCGCCGCGAGGGUCUUGGCGAAAAAGAGCUUCUGGAGCGGCGCGUCCGCGAAGAACAACAGAAAGUGAGUGCCCUGCAUGCGGAGCUGAGUGCGAAGGAGGAUGAACGCAGGCAAGCGGUCGCGCAGCAGCGCGAAGGAGAGCGCGAGAGACACGCGUGCGAGCUGAGGCUGAGAGAGAGGGAAGAUGAGAUCCGCGCGCUGCAGGAAGCGGUGCGAGAGAGAGACGCGAGAGAGCAGGACGCAGCGGAGUCGCAAGGCGAAAGCGAGAGAGGGGAAACGAGAGAGGGCGAGGGUACCGUGGCAUGCGCCACACGCCAACAGGAGGAAGGGGCGACGCCGAGGAGCGAACGAAACGCACACGAAGAGGCGAUAGAGGAUCGGGAAGCGGUCGAGGAGACACUGCGGGCGCAGGAGCAGCAACUUGCGUCUCUGAAGGAAGAAAUGGAACGACGCGAAGUCGAACUCGCGGGCGUCAUCGAGGGCCUGGAGGCCAAACACCGUCACCUGCAGGCUCAAUACGCAGCGAUGUCCUGCCUCAAUCGCGAGCUCGCAGACCGCGUGAACGGCCUUCUCCCUUUCCUCGCAGAAGGGCGCGACCCGCAGGGCGAGGCCGCCGAAGGCGAGGCACCGGAGCGCGCGAGAGACGUCGAGCCCGGUAACGACCUUACGCAUGCGGGUUACGUGAAGGACGCGAUGAGGCACAUCAAAGCAGUCCUUGAGAGGAGUGAAGCGUUCUUUGAGAAGGGCGCGAGUGACGAGAAUGCAGGGAGAGACACGAGCGACGCACGCGACAGCCGGCCUUCGGCGACGACCCUCUUUUCCUCCUUCUCCUCGCUCGCGCUCUCGUCGGGGUCCUCCUCGCCCAGCUGCCUCGCGAUGUCCUCCGCCUUGCAGCCGCCUGCCGCGCUGCCGCCCCGGGGCGCCCGCGGAGCGGGCUCCAACACGCCCCCCCCCCCUCCCUCUCCCUCGUCUGCCGCUGCUUUUUCUUUCACUGCUUCUUCCUCUCGGCUGGAUGUGCAGAGGCGGCGGGCGCGCGAGUUGCUGGAUGCUUCGAGCCUGUCGAGUUCGUGGACGUCGGGUCGCGCAGAGGCGAGGUGCGCGAGCGGUUUUCUGUGGGGGUCUGAAGACGACGCGCGCGGCGAGGGCGCCUUUUCCAUGUCGCUCAGCGAGAAAGGCCCGCUGAUGACGCUGUCUUCAGGCAGCGGCUUGCACCAACGCGCCGCCGACCUGCUCACGCACCUCGAGCGCGAAAUUCUGCGCUCGCGGGAACUCGCACACGCCGCGUCGAGCCUCCCGGCGAACUCGCAGGUGCGCCUGCUGGAGGCAGACGCGGCUCGCCUCGGAGAAGGCCAGGGUGAGUUGCUUCGCAGCGGAGACGGAGGAGAGGCGGCCGCGGCUGCGCUGAGCUCUUCUUCCCCCCGCGGCGGCGUGCUCUUGUGGGCGCUGGGCGAGCUGCGCGCGCUGCUCGACAGGCGCGACCGCGAGGAGACACAAGACAGUGCGGAGAGCCCACGCCCCGCGGAGGGCGACCCGGCGGAGACCCAGGGGGAGGGGAAAGCCGCGGGGAUGAGACGCGAAGCGGAAGGAAGAGAAGAAGGACUCGAGGCUGCAGCGGCGGGGGCUUGCGAGGCUGAGGGCGAUUCGACGGCGCGCGCCGCGGAGCUGAUCAGAGCGGAGAGAGGAGACCGAGAACGAGCGGCGCGCGCGAUUUCGCGGUCGCGUCCUCCCCCGCGCAUGGAGCCGGUUGAGUCGCGUCUCCUCCCGCUUUUACGCGCGGAGCUGGAUUGCAUGCGCGUCAAGCUCCAUCUGGCGGAGGAAGAGCGGCGCGAGAAGGAGAACGACGUUCGCGCGCUGCUCGCCGAAUUGAGCCGCGCCUCCGCGGGCCUCGCCACGGCGGCGUCGCUCUCCGCCGCGCUGGACGCGUCGCUCGUGCUGCCGCCCGCCCCUGUGCCCGUGGACGCUUUCUGCCAAACGAAAAAAGUCCUGAAAGACGCCUUCCUCUCGCAGAGUCUCCAGCAGGCCGCGCGCGCCCGGGGCGGCCCCCGCCAAGCCGACGGCGCGACGCAGACGGAGCCUGGAGGGCCUCCAGAGGCCGGCGAAGGAGACGUGGCGGCGGGGGGCGGAGAGGCGCACGCGACGCGCGAGCCCGCGGCUGCCGUCUGCUCCGCGGCGCAGACUGAAGGCCGCUGGCUAUUUGAGUUUUUUUCAGCGGAGUGUCUUGGGCCUCGCUCUGUGGAGGCCGCGCGGCCUCCCCCUCUCGACACUCGCGUCUGCGCCGCCCAGGCCUCAGGCGUCCUUAGCGAGGAAGACGCAGCGCUGAAGGAGGGGGAGGAGGCUGGGGAGGCGGGGAGAGCUUUCUCCGUAAGACUCAUCCACGCCGGGACGCUGCGUGAAGCGGAAACACAGACAGAUCCCCUCUCGCUCGCAGGCGCUGCGCCGGCGCUCGCGCGGGCGUCGGUGAGACACGUAAAACUUCAGUGCAGCAGGUGGGCAGGGCUCGACGCAGAGAGGGCAGGGCUCGACGCAGAGAGGGCAGGGCUCGACGCAGAGAGGGCAGGGCUCGACGCAGAGAGGGCAGGGCUCGACGCAGAGAGGGCAGGGCUCGACGCAGAGAGGGCACGGCCCCUGGGAGACGGCGAGAGGCCGCGGGAGGCCGCCAGACCGAGCGGAGACGGCAAACGGAAGCGCACGCGGCAGGGGCGUGGAGGGCGACUCGCAGAGGACGAGGCCUGGCGCGGAGGUGCAGCGCGGCCUGCAGAAGCCGAGGAAGAAGAGGCGGAAGCCACGACCGAGCCUGGCGACUCCGACUGGGGCGAGAGAGACGACGACGGCGACGACCGACGUGUUUUCGACAGCGAAGGCGACAGCGGGGAGGGCUCAGAUGCUUGGUCGGAUUUCAGAGCCGACGAGAAGUCAAGCGCCCUCGCGCUGUACCUCGCGCCGCUCUCGAAGGACAGCCACGGCGGCUGCGGCGCCCGCCCGGACGGCGAAGAGGCCCGUCGGCAAGGUCGACUGGCCCCGGCGCGCCGCCGAGACCGUCUCGAACGCUCCAGGAGCCGCGGCGCGGGAAGGAGACGGGGGUGCUCCACGAGCAGCUCGCUGGCCUCCGACAAACAGAGACACCCGGGGCGAAACCACGAGCCCGCGCGUGGUCCCGCCGAGGCGAAGUGCGGCAGCGGAGAUGCCUGGCGAAGCCGCGCAGUGAACUGGAGACUCGAAGCUCCUUCACGCGCCGCCCAGAGGGCGGAGAGGGUGCGAGGCGGAGGGCGCGCGCCUGCGGCUGACCAUGAGCGCCAGCGGCGACCGCGAGAGAGGAGUUGGAGCGCCGCGAGCGGCUGCGCAUCCGAGCGAGGUGGACGAAGAACGUCAAGGAGGAAGAGCGCGUCACACUCGCAGUCCACAGGCGCCUCUCGCGGGACUCGAAACCGCGACCCCCCGCGCGCGGACUGCGGGCGCCGGAGGAGGAGGGGCUGUAGGGGCUUGUCGCGUUCGCCGUCGUUGCCGCGCAGAGAGCGACGGCGGGAGGCGCGCUGCGCCUCGUCGUCGUCCUCCGCCUCCUCCUCUGCGUCGACCUCCGUGGGGUCGCCGCAGCUGCCGCGCGGGCGCCGCCGGCGCGAGAGCGUGGAGCUGCUGGUCGAUUUGCUCAAGGAGGUGGACGGGCUCCGCGGACCCGCCGCGCCCGCGCGGGGGUUUGCGAGGCCGCGCAAGACGCCGCGCGCCGCUGCCUCGCGCAACUCCUCGCCCGCCUCGCUGGUCUCAGCCUCGUCGUCGCGGGCUUCCCUCUCGUCAGCUUCGCCGAGGGCGGCGGACGGCGCGCGGCGCGGCGCGCGCCAGAGCGCGCGGAGAGCGACCGCGUCGCGAGCCGCUUCGGCAGGCCUCCGCCCGACCUCGCGAGGCGCAGAGGGGCGACGAAGCGCGACGCCGGCGAGACGCGGCGGAGAACGUGGAGACCGGGUGCGCUGGUGGCGUGACUGCGAGGACGAAGAGGAGCUGCUUGCGCGGCUGAGGAGGCACGAAGAUGCGGAGUUGCGGUACGCGUUCGCGACGCACGACGCGCCUGCCGCGGGAUGGAGGCGCGCUGGCGAGCGCGUCGCCCCUCGCCGCACGACGGCCGCCGCGAGUGAGGAGGAGAAGGGUUUCGCCGAUGCUGAGCCGCAGCCGCGCUGCGUCUCAACUCUCCCACGAGGUGGCGUGCGCGUCAGGGUCCAGCUGCUCUCGGGGGGGUCGGCGGAGUCUCCGUCUGCAGCCUGCCCGCAGACGCGCCGCUCGAUUCUGUGCGCCGCGUGCGGCGAAGGCACCCUCGCUCUGCAGGCAGCCGACGCGGCGGAGGCGACGCGCGGCGCGCCGUCAGGUCGCCGCCCUGGGGGGGCGAUGCGGUCGCCGACGCGGUCGGGCUCUUCGGCCGCUCUCGGCGCGCGGCGAGCGGCGGAGAGUCCGCGUCUGAGGGGCUCUCGCGAGAGCGAAGGCCUGGCGCUCAGCGAGCGUGCUUCCCUCAUCCUCGUGGCUGCCAGCGAGGCGGGCGACGCACUGCCAUGCGUCUUCGUCGCUGCGCAGUCGCUCGCGCCGCCCCAGCCUGCAGGCGUGCCAAGGGCCGCGGGGCCUCUGCGCGUCGACCGCGGGACUUCGCCGGCGGCGGCACCCGCCGCGCCGGACGCGCCAGACGCUGAGGAAGAGACGCAGCGGCUGGCGACGCGCGUGGCGGACUUGCAGCAGGAGCUGAAGUGCCGCGAAGUCGCGCUGCUGCUGCUCGAGGAGGAGACGCGCGAGGAGAUCGCGCGCGAAGAGAAAAGGCGGCGAGACGCGGAGUCGAGGUUGCGUGCGCGCGAGAGCGAGCUGGCGAAGCUCCAGCGCGAGCGGGACGCCGAGGCCGAGAGAGAAGCGGCGCUGGAGCGACGCCACCAAGAGGUCCAAGGCCUCCUCGAGCGGGUCGCCAGACUCCGCGGGCGGUCGCUGACCCGCGCGGUUCAGGCGGAUGAGGCGGAGAGAGGAGAGCCCAGCGGCCUCGAAGAUCGAGACGCACACAGAGGAGGUGGCGAGCAGCAAGACGACGAAGGGGAAGGCCGGCGGAAAGCCUCGCCGACUCGUAGGCCUCUAUUUGAGGAAGCGAGCCACACCACCGGGAUGCGCAAUGCUCCUCCGCCGGCGAGCAAAGAGUCCGACGAUGAGGGCGCGGGAGCGAGAGACCGCGGCCUUUGGUGCGCGAGAUGCCAACGAGAAGCGCGGCAGCCGGGCGCGGAGACCGGCGCCGAUGAUGAGGAGAAGUCUGCGGCGCCACGCGGGAACUGCAGCAGCGACGAGAGCGGAGAGGAGAGAAGAAAACAGCUCGAAGAAGACCUGCGACUGCUCAAGGAAUUGCUUGCCAAACGCGAAGCUCGCCUAGCGGCCCUUGAGGCCGAGAUGACCGCAGUCUGCGCAGAGCGCCAGGAAUGCCGCGAUCGCUGCUGCGACCUGCAGGCGGAGCUUUACGCGCUGCAGCAGGCCUCGGAGCGGCGCUGCACGCGGCUCUUGGAGCAGCUCGAGCGCGAGAAGGGCGCCUUUCUCUCUGCCUCCUCCGCAGCGUCUGUGGCGCUGAAGCACGCGGAGGAAAAGCUGCGUCUGGCCGUGGAGGCGCAGGCGACGCGCGAGAGGGAGAUCGAGGACGAGCUCGCCGUGGAGCGCACGCGGCGCCUGGAGGCGCGCGAGGAAGAGCGCCACAGAGAGCAUGCGCGGAGGCGCAAGGAGGCCGACGACCUGCGCGAGGCGCUAGCAAAGGAGCGCCUGGAGAAGGCGAGUUGGCGCCAGCGCGGCGAGGCGGCGGAGAAGAAGCAGCGGGAGCUCGAGGCAACCUGCGCCAAGCAGAUGGAGAAGAUCGAGGGCUUGCAUCAAUGGCAGCAGCGCGAGACGCACAGCCUCCGUGAAGAGCGCGAGCGAAGUGCGCAGGCCCUCGAAGAGGCGCGGACGCAGCUGGAAGUCGAUUUCCGGCAGCGACUCGAGGCGCAGGCAGCGGAGUUCGCCGAGCGACAAGCCCGCCUGCAAGACACCGUGGAGGCGCUGCAGCGGCUUCAAGGCGAGCAGACGCUGCAGGCCGAGAGGCUGAGGGAACAAGAGCGCGAGGCGGGGGCCGCCAAGGUGCAGCGCGAGAAAGAAAAAGUCGCGCGGCUGGAGGACGCGCUGCGUGAGAUGCGGAGAGAGCGGACGAUCUCCCAGGAUCUCGAACGCGACCUGCGAAGCGAGCUGCAGAUGCAGCGGGAGGAAGGCGAGCUCCUCGCCCUGGAGGCCAUCGAAAUGCGAUCCCGCGCCGACCGCCGCGAAAAAGAAAAGCGACGCCUGAACCUCCUACGGAUUCGAAAGGCCGUCGCACUCGUCGAGAAGCACCACAGCCUCAUCACGCAUCUGGCACACGCCUUGCGCGCGCUGCAGCGGCGCGAGGCCGCAGAGAAGGAACCCGCGAGGCCGCUGCCGCAGGCAGACGCGCGCGACGCGACGCAGAGCAGCGACGCCCAAAGCCAGGCUCGCGAGAGCUCUGAGGGCGCGGCGGGCGGGCGCGCGGAGAGACGCCGAGCGAAACUGCUCUCAGACUUGCUUUGUCGCACCGCGUGCGCACUCGAAGAGGCCGAGGCAGAGCUCCGCACUUUGCGAGCAGAACUCAAGGCCUGCCGUAGAGUGGGCGCAGACGCGGCUGUGUCUGCGGAGGACGCCGGGGAGCCCGGCGCGUCGACCGACGGCACGGAGGGCACGGAGGACGCGCAGUUUGGCGGCGCACUGCAGCGCUCUCGAGGCAGAGGCAGUCCUGCAGGUCAGCGCUCGCACUCGGCGCUGCCAGGGUUGGAGUUCGCUUCUUCUCCUUGUUCUUCGCCGGCCUCGCGCAAACAGCUCCGCAGCGCGAGCGCCCACCUGCCUGCCUCCGCGACCUCUGCGCCUCGCCGCGCGGGCGCCGGGGGCCUUCUCACGGGAGAGCGCCAACCUGCGGAGGCGGCGUGUGGGCAGUGUGUGGAGCUGCAGAGGGAGCUGGAGACGCUUCGCAUCUCGUGGCAGUGUCUGUUUGAAGAGAGCGAGCGCGUCGCGCGCGCGCGUGAGGAGGCGGAGAAGAAGGCGCGCGAGAGCGCCAGCGAGGCACGGCAGCAGGCCGAGGCGUGCGCCCGCCAGCUCGAGGAGACUGAGGAGAGGCUGCAGUACUUUGCGACGCAAAUCAGCGAGCAGAAGCAGCUUCUGAAGCAGUACGAACUCCACGGGCAGCAGCAAGCGAGGCUCCUCGGCGAGCAGCGGAAAGAACUCACCCGCACGCGGCGCGACCUCGCGCAGCUGAGCGCGCCGGGGGGGUCGGGGGCGGAGGCGGACGCGGCGCAGGAUUCGAGCUGGCGAGCGAGUCUGGAGCGGCACAGCGACAUAGUUUUGGUCUUUGUCCUCGAGGCCCUCAGGCAGUACGCAGCAUUUUUUAACGCGCCCGCAACGCGUGCGCCGCGAGCCAGCCGCAUGCUCGGGAGCUCGAAGACCGAGCGCGACGGCCGAAGGCGAGGCAGCAGCCUGCCGAGUCUCUCCGCGGGGCGGAGAGCGCUGCGGGCUCCAGCCGCUGCAGCGGUCGCAGGUCAAACAGGCGAGUUGCAGGAGCCGCCGGCGAGGCGGAGAAGGAGCGCGAGCGCAGUUCUGGGCACACAGACGCCUGGCGCCGGCGCGGCGCCGAAUGCGAGUUUUCGCGCAGACAACGGGGGAAAUGCGGCGACGGAAGAGCGCCACGGCAAACUACUCUCGCCGCUGCCUUCUCCUAUCGCACUGCAAGCGACGUUUCUCAGCUCGCUCCGCGCGCUUCAACUCGACGGCGACAGCGAGUCCCGCCGCUGGUCGCCUCCGCCGCUGAAGUUGGCAGCCGGCGCGUGGGAAGGAGGGACGAGUUCACCUGCUAAAAGCGUCGUUUCGGCGGCGUCUCGUCGGCUGUCUCUGGAGUUUUCUGCGUCUGAGCCGCUCACAUCCUCGUCUGCGCUCUCCGCAUGUACGGGCUCCUCUCACUACUCCUGUUCGCGGCCUUUCGCGGGCUCGCCCCCCGCGGCCUUCAGCUUCUCGCCGAAGGAGCUGCUGCGGCUGAAGGAGAUCAUUGGCGGCAUCCACGGACUGGUGCUCUGCGUCGCGGCGUCGACGUGCGUCUGGAUGCGAAGAAAGUGGCGGUUGAGGGAGAUUCUCUACGCGAUGAAGGAGCAAGUCGCGAAGCGAAGAGCGGAGGAAGGCGCCGCAGGUACCCGCGGAGAAUACGCAGACAGCCUGCGCGCAAGUCGCCGCGCACGAAACGACGACAGAGCGUGGCGCGGAGGGGCGGGGAAAGGCGUCCAUCCCUGCGACAAACGCGAAAGCACGGGCGAACUCACCGCCAGACGCGAAGAAGAGCGCGAGGAAAGGAGUACCCACCGCGGCGCGGCGAACCCUCCCUGUGCGCUGAAUCCGCCGUCGUUGUUCUUGUCCGCCGACGAGCCCCGCGGCGCACGAAGGGAUGGAAGCUGCCCACGAGGGCGAGAGAGCGACACGGCUGAAGCAGAAAGCUGCGUCUCGUCUUGGAGUUCCUCCGACUCCGCAGCCUCUGCAGGGCGUACGUACACCUCACCGGGCGCGACUCUGUCGUCGACCGCGGACUCGCCACGGCGCAGGAGCCUCUCCAGGCGCCUCUCAGCUUCGCCUUCGCCCCGGGCUACGACCAUGCAGUCGCCGUCGCCUUCGUCGCCCCCUGCUGCGGCUGCGGCGUCCUCCUCUUCUUGCUCGACUCCCUCCCCUGUUUUUCUCUCGCUUCCGUCUGCUCUCCCUCAUCCGCCUCCUCUUUCUUCUGCAUCGUCUUUGGCUUCUUCGGCGUCGCUGCGGCUGCCGGUGGCCCCGAGCUUGUUCCGCGUGGGCGAGAGCCAGACGGAAGAAGAAGAGACGCCUUAUUUCCCUGCACUGGUCGGCUUCGAGGGAAACAGCAGCGAGAGCAGCGCUGCCUCCUCCUCGCAUGCCGACGAGGCGUCUUCCGCGUUCGCGUCUUCAGGCGUCGCGUCCUCCUUCGCCUCGGCCGCCUCGCCGUCGCCUCUGGCCUCUUCGUCUGCGCCUUCGUUCGCCUCCGCGCCCGUCUCGCUUCUCGCGCUGCCGCCGGACAGGCGGCGUCUCACGCCGUCAGAGCGAGGCGGCGCAGACGCUCCCCGUCGCUCUGCGCACGCGCUGGCGGCCGCCGCCGCCGCUGAAGCAGCCGAGGCAGCCGCGCCCCAGGCGGACGAGGGGCGACUUGCCUGGGAGCGAGGCCACCGGCGCGCGCAGAGCGGCUCGGAGUGGCGCAGCGCGGAAGCAGCGAGCGAAGACCGGCUGAGUGAAGACUCGCGCGAGGCGCCGACUGGCGGACUCGGGAGGGAGGUAGAGAGUGGACAGGGCUUUGCCGAGCGACGGCUGGCCUUGGGCGACCUGAUGAGCAGCAGCGAAGCAGAGUGGAGCCUCGACACCGGCGCGGCUGCAGUCGCGACUCGGGGCGGCACGCGGGAGCGAAGACUGUGA